UUGACUCCCUCGCAGUUAUUCCUGGCAGUGGAAAAUGGCGUCUGGGGUCCUUCUCCGCCUUAGCGGCCUUGCUCGGGCUGACAUGUUGACAGGACUUGCUGCCACUUUCAUCAGGAGCUUUUCAGCGUCUAGUAACAGGAACGGAGAGGACAGCUGGUUUAAAUCUCUGUUUGUGCGUAAAGUUGACCCAAGAAAGGAUGCCCAUUCUCAUCUACUUGCCAAGAAAGAGGAGAGUAACCUUUAUAAGAUCCAGUUUCAUAAUGUGAAACCCGAGUGUUUGGAUGCUUACAACAAACUCUGUGAGGAUGUGCUUCCUUCUAUCCACACCAAUGAGUACUACCCAUGUGAGCUGGUGGGAACAUGGAACACCUGGUAUGGGGAGCAGGACCAGGCUGUGCACCUGUGGCGGUACAGAGGUGGGUACCCUGCCCUGACCGAAGUCAUGAACAAGCUGAAAAAUAAUAAGGAGUUUCUGGAGUACAGGAAGGAGCGUGGGAGGAUGUUGUUGUCGCGCCGUAAUCAGCUGCUCCUGGAGUUCAGCUUCUGGAACGAGCCUGUUCCUCGAGAGGGACCAAACAUCUACGAGCUCAGGUCCUACCAGCUAAGACCAGGGACCAUGAUUGAGUGGGGAAAUUACUGGGCUCGUGCUAUUUCCUAUCGGCAGCAGAACCGUGAGGCCGUUGGCGGGUUCUUCUCUCAGAUAGGACACCUCUAUAUGGUCCAUCACCUGUGGGCUUAUAAAAACCUACAGCUGCGCGAGGACACCAGGAACGCUGUCUGGCAGCAUGAAGGGUGGAACGAAGUCGUCUACUACACAGUGCCUCUUAUUCAGCACAUGGACUCCAGGAUUAUGAUUCCAAUGAAAACAUCACCACUGCAGUAACUUUCGACGGUCCCACACACUGAAGGACAGGGGCCUCUGAUGUCUCUCUGCUGUUUUAAUGUUCUCAUGACUCAUCCAUUAAAAAAAAUCUGUUUUCUGACCAUAAAACCACCUUCAAAACCAGGAAACCAAAAAAAAAACAGGUACUCUAGUGAUGCGUUUAUGUGAUGUUGGAAGCCUCACUGGUCAGCAUAUAUAAACAUCCCUGACAAUCAUCACAUGCUCUCCAGCACAAAUGUGUUUAGCAAAUCAGAACAAACCACUGCCGUGUUCCAGUAUAGUUCACAGCGGGUCUUGUUCAAUCAGACCAGCAGGUAGGAAAUGGCAGUUAUUGGAGCCAUUGACCUUUAACAAGGACACAGGAGCAGGGAAGAUGAACCUUCUGCCCUCACUCAGCAUGCCUGUCUAGAAGAUUCCUUCAUUUCUGCAUUUAUCAGACAUAGGCAACACUGAGAAAUUAAACAUGAACUACACCAUGGUUCAGACUCUGAAGACGUUAACACAGGGAACAGCGGCGUGGAAAAGGUGUGGUGGUACCAAAUUUGUUCAUGCACUUACACACCAGUGCCCACAAAUGUCUUUGACUUUGUAGUCCUGAAUGUACCUGAUGUUACCAGUAGGUUGUUCAUUUCUCAUUUAUUUGUUGUAAAUAUCCACAUUUGUAAUGUGACUGGAACAUGUUCAGACAUAUUUCAAAUAGUUUUGUGUAUUGCUCUACUGUUUACUUAAGUUAUGAAAAAUUACUUCAGAUGAUUCUAGAUCUAUGACUCUGUGUAAAACAAACCUGGCUGAUAAACCAUUUCAUGACCAUUUUAACAGGACAUUUUUCAGGUUUGAUACUGUUGCACACACGAGUGCUGUUCACGUUCGUAUGACUUUAAUAACCUGAGCUUUGUUUUGUUCUCCCUCAGAUGCCCUCUGCUCCAUACUGGUUAUGCACAUGUACUGUUUCUUUAUAACAUCUCAGUUCAGUUGCAUUUGUUUGAUUAGCACAGCACAAACUGUACACCAAGAUCUGCAAGUGAAGCUGUAUAAUAAGCCAUGUGUUCCACACUGUACAUGAGUGUGACAUGCUACAAAGACGCAUUAAACCUGAAUAACUCAA